AUGGCUCAAUCAAAGUCUGUGUCAGCAAUUAGUGAUAUACUUCUCGAAGAGCACCAAAAAACUGGCAACAGCGAGGAAGACAAUAACACCAAUCCUGAGACAAACCGCCAAGAAGCAUAUACUGUUCUAUCCGAGAAGGAGAAGGUUUUCUCGAUAUUCAUCGCUUCUCUUGUUACACUUCUAAGCCCUGUCUCCUCCGACAUCUAUUACCCGUCUCUCGACCUUUUAUCCAAAGAUCUGCAUGUUUCCAAGACUCAGAUGAGCCUCACGAUCACUGCCUUUAUGGUUGCACAAGCAGUAGCACCGCUCCUAACUGCCAGCGUAUCCGAUCUCAAAGGACGUCGACCAGUCUUUGCUUCGUGUCUUACAAUAUACGUGAUCGUUAGCGUCGCACUAGCCCUGCAGUCAAGCUUCCCAGCGUUGAUCACCUUGCGCUGCUUGCAAAGCCUCGGGAGUAGUGGUGUGUCGGGAAUCUCUUCGGCAACAACUGCAGAUGUUAUCACAAGAGCUGAGCGUGGCAAGUACUUGGUAUAUACCUCCUUAGGAUUCACUAUUGGACCUGCCAUCGGCCCCAUUAUCGGAGGUAUUCUGGUCCAGUAUCUAGGAUGGCGCAGUAUAUUCUGGUUUCUGGCUAUUCUUGGGGGUAUAAUACUCGUUCUCAUUCUCGGAUUUCUCCAGGAAACAUGCCGGGUCAUUGUAGGGGAUGGGAGUGUGCCUCCACCACGCUGGAACCGACCGGCACUGGCACUUGUGCGCCCCAAAUACCGAGGGAGCCCCAAUCGCCAGAGUCUAGUUACGUUCCAACGUAGGCCUGGUGUGUUCGAUAGUGUUCGGCUCGCUGCCACGAAGCAGUUCGGCUUUCUGAUCCUAUUCAGCACAUUUAUCAUGUGCGGCUGGAAUGUGAUUUUAAGCUGCAUUCCUUUUCUGUUUGAGAGCAAGUACAAUUUUAAUGCACUCCAAGUCGGACUGGCAUUUAUUCCCUUUGCGGUUGGCGGCUUGACAGCUCGCUGGACAUGCGGUGUCUGGACUGACCGUAAUUUCAAACGUCAUGGGCGGCUUGCUGGCGUUGAGAUUGCCCGAAACCAACAGUCAAGACAGAUGCUAUUGAAGAUCCCUCUAGAAAAGGCCCGUAUUGAGAUAAUCUUGCCGAUGGCAUUCCUCUGGUUUGUCUGGAUGAUUGCUUACAGUUGGCUGAUGCAGUACGACGUCCACGUGUCGGUCCCAUUGGUGGUGAUGUUUUUCCUGGGCAAUGCAACAGCCGGAACUAGUAAUGUUUUGAGCAUGCUAAUCAUAGACCUCCAUGCUCAUCAACCCGCCACUGCGAUGGCCGCACUUAAUAUAGUCAGAUAUGGAGGCAGUGCUGGAGCAGUGGCGGCAACAUUACCGUUAAUCAAUGCUAUUGGUAUUGGGUGGACGGGGACGAUCUUCGCCUGUAUGGGUCUGAUCAGUUCCCCAACACUAUGGGUUGUAUAUACUCGUGGUCACGACUGGAGGCGCUCAAAGGAAAAUACAGAACAAGAAUAG